ACCCACAGUUUCGGCACGUGUGACCCCACUUUUCUUUAACACGUGCACUCUCUCCCCCUCCCUCUCUUUCCAUUCGUUAUUUCCACCCCACACUCUCUCCUCAUGUCUUCGCAUCUUUCUCUUUCUCUUACUCUCCGCCUCGUCUCCGCCUAUCUCGCCGCCGCCCAUAAGCCCUAAAAAUCCUGCUUUAGAUCUGCACAUCUCCAUGUCACUGAUUUUUUCGUCGAUUUCUUUGCAGUUCUGAGGAUGGUUCGCUGCUACAGUGUUGUUUGGAAGGAAUCCAUUUUACUCAGAUUUAUCCUCUUAAGUUGCAAUUGACCAGCCAGUUUGUGGUAAAUUUACAAGAAAAUGGAUCGGAGUGAUACUUCUGGAUUUGUUAGUGGGGGUGGGAUGGUCUCUUUUCGAGACAUCUAACCCUAGUUUUGUAGUUGAAUUCUUGACCCCAGAAGUCAGGUGUACUGUUCAUUGAUAUUGAUAUUAGGUUUGGAUAUAAUUUUGGAUUUUAGCAUUCUGUAUGGAGAACAAGUUCCAGAACUUGAAUUUUGCUGCUAAUUAUCCCUCAAACGUAUUCAACACUUUGGGAAGUUCAACGCAAGUUGGAGGACCUGUGGCUGAAUAUAGCACAGAUACUAUUUUACGUCUUGAUUCCCCUGGUUCUUCUGUCACUUACAUGUCUCCCUCAAAGGGAAUGAAACGGAAAUGGAAUUGGAUAGAUGGACCCAUGGGUCAGCAUGUUGGCUCUUCAUUGUCUCUUGGUCUAGGCCGCCCAUCAAGUUCCUCAGACAGCAAGGGGAGUUCAGCAACUGCUUGCACUACAGUGUCUUCAGCCAAAGAAACUGAUGAGGAGUCCUCAAUGGAUCUUGAUUUGGACUUCAGCCUCCAUCUCAGCAAUGAGAAGAUGUCUCCGAAGAAAUCUGCUGUUUCAAAGAUUAAAGGACUGGAUUUGCAGCCCAAGUUUGAUCUAGAGUUGAGUCUUUCUACUGGGCCUUCUGAAUCUGACAUUACUAGUGUCUAUCCAUGUCCGACGUCCAUUCCACUUGAAUUUGGCAUGGAGAUGCCACUUGCUUUUGGUGGGGCUUCAAAUGUGGAUGAGGGGUCAACAUCAUGUAGUUGGAAAACAGGAAUUACAUUGCUGACUUCACAGAAUAAUGAUGCUAGCUUUUUUCUCAACCAGGUCCCAAGAACUUGUGAUCCUACUACUAUUUUUCCAGACCUCUCAUCAAGUGUGAUAACAAUGCCAAAAAGUUCAGUCACCUGUACUUCUGGGAUAACCCAGAGACAAAAACAACAUCAACGCAGUUGUAAUUCCAAGCUGUGUCAGGUUGAGGGAUGUGGAAAGGGAGCUAGAGGUGCUUCUGGACGCUGUAUUUCCCAUGGUGGUGGCCGAAGGUGUCAGAAAGCAGGUUGCCACAAGGGAGCUGAGGGCCGAACUGUAUACUGCAAGGCCCAUGGAGGUGGCCGACGAUGUGAAUUCCUUGGUUGUACAAAAAGUGCAGAAGGUCGCACAGAUUAUUGUAUUGCGCAUGGCGGUGGUAGAAGAUGUAGUCGUGAGGGUUGCACUCGAGCUGCAAGAGGGAAAUCAGGAUUGUGUAUUCGCCAUGGUGGUGGGAAGAGAUGUCAAAAAGAAAAUUGCACGAAGAGUGCUGAAGGCCUAUCCGGACUAUGCAUUUCACAUGGAGGUGGUCGUCGAUGCCAAACACCAGGAUGUACAAAAGGGGCACAAGGGAGUACGUUGUUCUGCAAAGCACAUGGUGGUGGAAAACGCUGUACAGCUCCUGGAUGCACCAAGGGUGCUGAAGGAAGUACACCUUUUUGUAAGGGCCAUGGAGGAGGGAAAAGGUGUGCCUUCCAAGGUGGUGGGGUUUGUACAAAAAGUGUUCAUGGAGGGACGAAUUUCUGUGUUGCACACGGAGGUGGAAAGAGGUGUGCUGUACCUGAGUGCACUAAGAGUGCAAGAGGAAGGACAGAUUUUUGUGUUCGUCAUGGUGGUGGAAAGAGAUGCAAAUAUGAAGGGUGUGGCAAAAGUGCCCAGGGAAGCACAGAUUUCUGCAAGGCACACGGUGGAGGGAAGAGAUGCUCUUGGGGUCAUCCUGGAUCAGAAUAUGGUGUCCAGCCUACUGGUCCUUGCAACUCAUUUGCAAGGGGUAAGACAGGUCUCUGUGCACUUCAUAGUAGCCUGGUGCAGGACAAGAGGGUUCAUGGUGGUAUUACAUUGGGACCCAUCAUCCAUGAGCCCAAGAUUAGCCAGCCUCAGAAGUUGAAAGAAGUCGCGGCUGAGGACAUGAAUGUUGAUAUUGUAAAGAUGGGAUCAAAUCUGGGGGCUUCAGCAAGCAAACCUACUUCUGAUUUGAAAGAUUUUGCAGUCCCAAAUGCCCAUAUCCCUGUUGGGGAAGCAGGCCUCUCAUCAGUACCUGUUUUUGUACCAGAAGGCAGGGUGCAUGGUGGCAGUUUGAUGGCAAUGCUGGCUGGUGGUUCUGGCACUGGCUCAAGGAGUCUGGGCAGUGAUCCAUCAGAGCCACAAAAAUCUUUCAUAGUGCCUAAGAGCUGGAUGUAAGAUUAUUUCCUCUUUCCCUUGUGUGUUUCGGCAAUUGGCGAAGUUUCAUGAAUGGUUGUGUCGUCUACAUUUAUUGGGUUUAGCUUGUUGGUGUUGUGAACUUGUUCUCCAUUCAUUUGUUCAAAUGGCAGAAAGUAUAAGGGCUUUGACCAUCCUUGUUUCAUAAUUUGGAUAAAUCAACUAGGACUUUAGUUAGCAUUGGGUCAGGUCUCUGUUGUUCUUCCUUGUAAAUAGCUACAUUUGUCCAUCAGGUGGUUGUGUAGUGUACACAGGUUAUUAGCCUGUAAGAUCAGUCUGUUUGUCAAACAUUCUGGCAUUAAUAAAUCCCUUUAGCGUAUUAUAUUUA